AGUUUGAGAGUGAAUGCACAUCUUUACAUUCAGACUCCUUCAGCGUGAGGAGUGACCUCUGUGGGUCGAUUCACUCUGUUCUUCUAUUAGCUGUAGUAUUUACAAAUUAACUAAUACAAUGAAAUGGUCUUGAACUUAUUUAGCUCUUUUAGGAAACAUAUUUCUGCUGAAAAGAGUUUGAAAAGAUGGAGGUAAGCUCAUUUGUUUCCUACAGUGUGUCACAUUCGUACAGAUUGUUUGCGCUUUUCAGUGUGAUGUUCAUCUUUUUCUCUCAUGCAGAUGAUGGUGUUUUUUGCAGCUCUUCUGCCUGUUUUAUUGGACUGUGAUUGUGGUCAUGAUGUAGACAAACUGGUUGACUGUUCUGACCUUUAUAAAUCAGGACAAACAGUCAGUGGGAUUUACUCCAUCUAUCCAGCAGGAUACAUUCCCGUCUCGGUUUACUGUGAGAUGAUCUCAGGUGGGAAAGCUGAAGACAACGGAGCAUGGACGGUGUUUCAGAGGAGAAUGGAUGGCAGUGUGAAUUUCUAUCAGCUGUGGGAUCAGUACAAGAGAGGAUUUGGGAAUGUGGAGGGAGAAUACUGGCUGGGGCUGGAGAACAUGUACCAGCUGACACGUAAGAACAAGUACAUGCUGAGAGUGGAUCUGGAGGACUUUGAAGGAAGGAAAGGUUUCGCUCUGUACUCGUCCUUCUCUGUGGGUUGUGAAUGUGCUGGAUAUCAGCUGCAUGUUUCAGGAUUCACUGAUGGAGGAGCAAGCAACUCUUUAUCUGGUCAUAACGGACAGAAGUUCUCCACCUUUGACAAAGACCAAGAUUCCUAUGAAAAGAACUGUGCCAAGCAGUAUCUCGGGGGAUUUUGGUACAAAGAAUGUCACACUACAAACCCCAAUGGAGUGUAUUUAUGGGGAGAAGAUCCCACCUAUCAUGCCAUUGGUGUUGUUUGGUCAACGUGGAAGAAUUACGCAGUCAGUAUGAAAUCCAUCAGCAUGAAGAUAAAACGUGUGUCAUAGAAACAUUAGAGCGCUUAAAUUUCAAUUUUUAUAACUUUUUUUCUGUGUGAAAGGAUCAUGUUGAAAUCUGUUUUUUAAAUGUAUGGAUGUUUGUGCAUUAAAAUAUUUUUU